AUGCGUCUACGCGGCAGUGUCCAUACGAACGGGGCUGCCAGCCUCACGGAUGAACUUGUCAAAAAUGUUAAUAAAAGUAUCAAGCAGGAGCCAGUUAGUAUCAAAGCCGAAUCGACGCGCCCAGUAUCCCCGUUGCAGCCAGUUCGCCGCCGCCGCAGAAUAGAAGACGAUGUUGCUAGCAUAAAGCUCGAGUUAACUCCCACGAAAAAAAUUAAGAAAAGAGCUGGCAUUAAGGAGCGAAUCAUUCGUGAAGAGCCUAGCGACUGGAGAGAAUUGUUACGAGGAAUUGAACAGAUGCGGGUCACGAAAGACGCCGAGGUGGACAAAUUCGGCUGUGAGACCUUCUUUAUCAAGGGCUUACCUCCUCAUGUAUGUCGUUUCCACGUACUUAUUGCUGCCAUGUUGAGUAGCCAGACUAAAGAUCCGGUAAAUGCAGCCGCCAUGGAUCGUCUUAUUAAACACGGAUUGUCGGUGGAGUCGAUGCUUGAAAUUGACGUACAAAAGCUUGCACUACUGAUUCGACCCGUCGGUUUUUUCAAUCUUAAAGCCAAGUACAUCAAACAGACAGCAAGUAUUUUAACAAAGAAAGCCGAAGAAGACGGAAAGGACUUUGUUGACAUUCCGAAUACGUACGAAGCAUUAAUUGCACUUCCCGGGGUCGGACCGAAGAUGGCGACCCUCGUGAUGACCUGCGCGUGGAAGACAACUGUGGGAAUUUGCGUAGACACUCAUGUGCAUCGCAUCUCGAAUCGUCUUAAGUGGGUUCAGACUUGGAACACGAAAAAUCCGAAGUCUCAAGACCCUGAAAAGACUAGAGCGGAGCUUGAAGAUUGGCUUCCGAAAGAACACUGGGGUACCAUCAAUCCAUUGCUAGUUGGUUUUGGACAGACCAUAUGUCUUCCACGAGGUCCAAAAUGCAGCGAAUGUAAAAUUCGCGGGAUCUGUCCGUCAGCUAACAGUUCUGCGAUAUAG